AGUGUGUAUAUGUGUGUAUGAGACAGUGUGAGAGAGAGAUAAAGGUGAAAGAGAAUCCAUAAAUACACAUAUACGUAUAGAGAGAGAACUGAAAAGUAUAAUGUGAGUAAACCAGAGAAAGAGAGAGUGAGGCUUUAUCCCUUUUGCUUUAUCAAUCAUAACCAUCGCAAGUAUCAUACCACAUUCUUUUGUUUCUCUGCAUUCUCCCAUCUCUCUCUCUCUCUCUCUCUCUCUCUCUCUCUCUCUCUCUUCUCUGUUUCUCACGCACGCGAGGCUGGUCUUCAUCCUUUGAUCUGAUACAUUAGUUUUCAGAGCAACGAAUGUGUGCGUGAGGUGUUUUUAGUCGUCAGAUCUUCAUUAGAUGGGGAGUGUGUCGUCGGAGGACGGCUCUGACCAGCAGAGCGAGAGGUACGGAAGUUAUAGCCCCAGUGCUGAUAUUAGCGAGUCGGAGAGUUGCAGCAGCUUCUCGUGCCGGCGUUUCGAUGGAGAGGGGGCCUCGAGUUCCAUGACGUCAUCUCCACGGCCCGUUACGGCUGGUUUCCGCUUCCCUGCGCCGGUGAUGCUGCCCGUGAUAGGAGGGAAAGAUGUGGUGGUUUGGGACGAGAAGCCGGAGAAACGGGAAACAGAUUUGUCAGAAGUUGAAAUGAUGAAAGAGAGAUUUGCUAAGCUUCUUUUGGGAGAGGACAUGUCUGGUGGUGGAAAAGGAGUCUGUACUGCACUGGCAAUCUCAAAUGCAAUCACAAAUCUCUCCGCAACCGUGUUUGGAGAACUGUGGAGAUUAGAACCAUUAGCAGCACAAAAGAAGGCCAUGUGGCGCAGAGAAAUGGAAUGGUUAUUAUGCGUGAGUGAUUCAAUUGUUGAGCUUGUACCAUCUAUACAACAGUUCCCUGGUGGAGGAACAUAUGAAGUCAUGGCGACAAGGCCACGGUCGGAUUUAUACGUGAAUCUGCCUGCCCUCAAGAAGCUAGAUGCGAUGUUGAUUGGUAUGCUUGAUGGGUUUUGUGAUACCGAGUUUUGGUAUGUAGAUCGGGGAAUAAUUGUUGGGGAUGGUGAUCGUGAUCGUGAUCGGGAUGGACUUCCAAUAGUUUCUAGUGGUAGGCCUUCAAUCAGACAGGAAGAAAAGUGGUGGUUGCCAUGUCCCAAAGUGCCACCAAAUGGGUUGUCAGAGGAUGCAAGAAAGAAGCUACAACAAUGCAAGGAUUGCACAAAUCAGAUAUUAAAGGCGGCCAUGGCUAUUAAUAGUAGUGUUCUUGCGGAGAUGGAAAUUCCUGCUGCAUAUUUGGAGACCCUGCCAAAGAGUGGAAAAGCAUGUCUUGGAGAGGUCAUCUACCGCUAUAUAACUGCUGAUCAAUUCUCAGCAGAAUGUCUCCUUGAUUGCCUUGACUUGUCCUCAGAACAUCAAACACUUGAAAUUGCUAAUUGGAUUGAGGCAGCAGUGCAUGUAUGGAAGCUGAAAGAUGAAAGAAAACACAUAAACCGUAAGAAAGUUAAGCACAAAUGGAGCGGCAAGGUCAAAGGCCUUGUUUCUGAUUCUGAAAAGAAUCAUUCUCUGGCCCAGCGAGCUGAGACCCUCUUACAUAGCCUUAGGCUUCGUUUCCCUGGACUACCACAGACCGCACUGGAUAUGAAUAAGAUUCAAUUCAACAAGGAUGUUGGGCAGUCCAUUCUAGAAAGUUACUCGAGAGUGAUGGAGAGCUUGGCCUUCAAUAUCAUGGCUAGGAUAGAUGAUGUACUUUAUGUGGAUGAUGCUGUCAAGCGAUCUGCUGCAGCAGAAUCAAUCCCCAUGUUCGGCAAGGGAGGAGGCUUGAGUGGUCUUCCGAUCCAGAAGCGCAUGUCUCCUAGCCCAUUUUCAAUCCAUCACUCACCUUACGCCUCUCCAUUUGCAACACCAACUUUCUGCUCUUCACCUCCUGUUGGAGCAAGUCCGGGAAGAUCGACCAAAAAUCAUAACUUAAAGAGAAAUGGUCUUAAAGAGGUGCCCGAAUGGAAGAUAGAAAAACCAUUUGCGGGUGACUAUGAUAAGAUAUGGUCAUAUGCUGGGAACCUCAGCGCAAGAAGAGUUUCUGGAGAUGCUCCUGAACGAGACUGACUGUGCAGCAGUCGCUAACUAAUUUUGUAUAUUAUUCUUAGCAAUAGGAAUCUGGUGGUAUAAAGUUUUGAUCAUGGUAACUUAGUUUCACAUUGGUGAAUAGAAGCAGCUUAUGGCUUAAUCAUAUUAGUAUUUAAGUUUCUGAUGGACCAUUGACAUUUCAUGCUGUUCAGAAUGACAAUGAAAUUAGUUCUGAAAUAUUGAGGUCUA